CACGGCGGGGAGCGGCGGGCCGGGGGUGUCCCCCGCGGGGGGGGUCACCCCAGGGAUGUCCCGGAGGGCCGGGCGGUCACCGGGAGGAAUCCCCGGGGCUGUCGCUGUGGGAAGGAGGCCCGGGGGGCUUGUGCCGGGGCUGCGCUGGGGAGGCGGGCAGGGAGGCGGCCCCGCCUGACGCUGUGUCUCCCCAGGACAGCACCAUGGCCUCCCGAGGGGGUCCCCGCGCCGCCGGCACCGACGGCAGCGACUUCCAGCACCGGGAGCGCGUGGCCUCGCACUACCAAAUGAGCGUGACCCUCAAGUCGGAGAUCAAGAAGCUGAUCUACGCGCAUGUGGUCAUCUGGCUGCUGCUCCUGGCCCAGAUGGUCGUGGGGCACCUCAAGCUGCUGCCCCACGACCAGGUGGCCAUGCCCUACCAGUGGGAGUAUCCCUACCUGCUCAGCAUCCUGCCCUCCCUCCUGGGCCUCCUGUCCUUCCCCCGCAACAACAUCAGCUACCUGGUACUCUCCAUGAUCAGCACCGGCCUCUUCUCGGUGGCUCCCCUCAUCUACGGGGCCAUGGAGAUGUUCCCCAUGGCACAGCAGCUGUACCGCCACGGCAAAGCUUACCGCUUCAUCUUCGGCUUCUCGGCCGUCUCUGUCAUGUACCUGGUGGUGGUGGUGGCCGCGCAGGUGCAUGGCUGGCAACUCUACUACAGCAAGAAGCUGCUGGACUCCUGGUUCACUAGCACGCAGGAGAAGAAGAAGAAAUGAGUGGGGAUAGGUGGGCUCCGUGAGGUGCUGAAGCUCUGCAGCUCAGUCCUGUGGGGCAGCGCUGGCGCAGCUCCGGUGGGUGGGGGAUCCUAGGGGAGAAUGGGGUGGGCUGAGCCCCAUCACGGCCCCGGGCUCUCAUGCAAGGGGGAGACUCCCUAGGGCCGGGGCCGUGGAGGGUCCCUGGGGUGCGUGCCCGUUCCUCCGCGUGUUGCUCUGUGGAAAUAAAGCACCGUCCGCUCUCC